CGGCCUGGCGUGUUAUGUGCGCGCGGACGAGUCUCCGUUUCAUUCGCAAGCUCUGAAAAGAAGCUGCGAAAGAAGCGAUACUGUGAUGACAGGACCCGAAAUACACAAAUACAUCCAACACCGUGUCGAUUUCACCGCGUUUGACGUCAAAUGGAUGCCACAGAGCGCCAAAUUCCUCGCUUUCGGAGCGUGUCCGGACGGCCAAGGGACGGUGAAUGUGUACGAACUGGACGGCAGUUCAGUGAAAGAAACGCUACAGCUUCCACAUCCACGAGGCGUGAAAUGCGGUACCUUCGCGUCAUCGAGUAAAGAGGAACGCAACGUUACGACGGGUGGUUUUGACGGCAGUUGGCGAAUUUGGGACAUGGAAUGCCCAAGUGAGCCCAUCGUGUGCAUUAGAGGCCACCGCAAAAUUAUAAACUCAAUUGACGGUAUUGGCGACUGCGAUGGUUCUCCAUCCAUAGUAACGGGAUGUAAAGAUGGCUCUGUUAAGGUGUGGGACCCGAGAAAGCCGGAACAACCGGCUGUGGUUAUGGAACCGGCACCCGAACAACAGAAGCUAGAUUGUUGGGCAGUGUGCUUCGGCAAUGGCUACAAUGCCAUGGAACGCUGUGUUUGUGCUGGGUACGAGAACGGAGACAUCAAAUUUUUCGACCUCAGAAAUCUUGCCGUCACCUGGGAGACUUGCGUCAAGUCAGGUGUGUGUAGCUUGGAGUUUGAUCAGAAGUCCAUCUACAUGAACAAAUUAGUCGCAACCGGAACUGGGUCCAAAAUACACGUCUUUGACCUUAGGACGAAGCACCCCAAGAAAGGAUAUGCACAGCUGUCACAUUCUGACGAAACAAACUCGACCAUCUGGACUGCACGACAUUUGCCCCAAGACAGGGACGUAUUUGCCAGCUGUGCAGGUGCCGGAACUAUCAACCUGUGGAAGUACCAAUACCCAGAUAAAAGAACCCACAAGGCUUCGGAUGGCUGUGACGAAGGCGUGGCUGGCACGCUGACCCAUCUCUGCGGGGCCUCUCUGGGCAACCAACCAGUGUCGGCGUUGGACUGGAAUCCAGACAUGCAAGGACUGUUUGCAACGUGUACCUUCGACCAGACCCUUCAUGUUGGCUUUGUGACUGGCUUGGCAAGCUGACCAAGCUUUUGUGUUGUGACAGAUAUACAGGGUGAUCGAAAGUGUUGGGAAAUGUAAAAUAUUCUGGAAAAUACAGGAACGGGCUGUUUCUACAGAAUUUUCACUACAAAAUAACCGUAACGCUAGAGUAGUAACAUAUGUCACUACAGUGCUGUUGCAGCCGAGUGGACGUGUCAGUGACAAAUGUCACUAUUCUGGUUUUAAAACGUUUUAUAGAGAAAUGUAAUAUUUUUCUGCGUUUUACUUUGCAAAAAGCAAGUAUUUGUUUUUGCUGCCUGAAUUACAAGGAAAGCUGCUGCAAAAAACACUUUCUUUUGAAGAAAUCAGAAUGAGCGCCACAUUGUUAUGUUUUGCAUGAAAAUAAAAGCAACAUGUGUUGCCGAUGCA